UCACCUCAUCCGCACAAUAGUUGUCCCAUCGCAAAUAUCAUCUUCGCCAAAGCUAACCCACGAAAUCACACUUACACUGCGUUGCGAAUCAUUUCCAGGAGUGCAAAGUGCUGCACCACGUUGCUUCCUUGGAGAUUCUGUAAACGCUUUGUUAACCGACGCGACUGGGAAACGCCCAAAAAUCAGCAACACAUCUACGACCGCGGGAAAAGAUUGUUGCUGCCUUUCAUCUAGAGCGUUGAGGGGAAAGGAAGACGGUGGUCAAGAGGAAAUCGAAUAACUGCUUGGACCUGCAAUCGCUACCGACAUUGCUGUCUGCAUAAGCAAAAUCCACGGUUGCAAGUUCAGAAGCGUCAGGCCCAGAAACAGGUUGGAAUCGUCACAGACAAUAGGAUCUCGGCGGCGAAGGGCCGCCCUUCCAGCAGUGGUCCACCAUGGGGAAGAUAUUGAAGGCUGCUGGUGAACGACACGAAGCAACCUUGUCGCCGUUCGUGAAAGAAUUCACAAAGACCGCGAUAUCACUACCGACACGAGAAUUGCAGAAGCACCUGAACAGCUUUCCAUCGCUAUGGCCGUUCCCUCGGGGAGAUCUCUAUCACUGGAUCACCGUUUUGAACCGGUUUGAUACAAUCCUCGAGCGCUUCAACAACUGCUAUGGCUUGAACAAAGGUCCACAACGAGUGCCUUUUGGCACUGGAUCGGUUAUCGAAGAAGCGCGGACGCAAGAGAAGACAAGCUCAAAUGCAGCGAACGAACAGGCCGAGAGUAUUGAAGACAUUGACGUCGAGCUUGUGAAAUCGAUCUUGAGGUUCACAAUUCUGUUGUUGUCGAAUUGUGGCAACAGAAGUUUGUACGCGAGCAGCGACCGCCUGAACGACCUGCUGAACACGACCGACCUUACCCUCCUGCAGCUUACUCUCAAGCUCAGUCUCCUCCUCGCCAAACGAUACUAUUCUUCAAAACAGCGUAUGUCAGCGGUUGGUGGGACUGUCCCUCUUUCACAGCAUUACAACAUCAACGUUGAACGUGUUCGGAAGCUUGCUGCUCCCUUUCCGUCUCCUGCACCGCCGAAUCGACAGCCAGAUACCCCUUCAGCUUCUGCAAAGGGCAAGGACAAAAGGUUGUCGCGGUCAAGCAGGGCCUCGUUGACAACCAAUCCCGAGUCGAAAUUGAACGGGUCUGAUAUUGUUGCCAUUGUGAAAAAUGACGGACCUCAGUCACUAUGGAAGCAAUGGGCAGACGUUAAGUUCACCUUCUAUCCGGACAAGGCGUGGAUGAGUGAGUACAGCACAAGGACUAAAGACACUUUGCCCGAGACUCCCACGAUCAGACGCACAACAACUACACCAAUCGCGCGCUCUUCGAAUGAACGCGAUGUAAUCACUCACCGACGGAGAAGCUGGGGAGAUGAUCCUGACAAUAAGGCUAUGCGAGUCGCGAUCGACAUCGAGUUACCCUCGAGCUAUAUCACAAGUCAUAGCGUCGAAGACGCCGUGCAGACAAACAUUGAGAGUCAUAAUUUACCAGACUCCUCGUGCUUUGAAUUUCUUCAUAGGCUCCGGAUUGCGAAGGCUCUUGUUGGUGGUCGGGAUGACCGGCUGACAUUAGUUGGUAUUCGACUAUUGGCCAUAGCCAACCUCGCUUAUAUUGAGUCUGAACCAACGUUUUAUUCCGAGUUUGCACGAGCUGACUCUGAGCAACCUCGUCAGCUUCAAGUUGCUUUUCAGCUGGCAGAACUUGUCCAGCCUGCCUCAGAUGAAUCAAGUACGCAGGUACCUUUGGAGCUGCAGAUUAUCGCUGUCUUGACAAUGGACGCCUUGACACAUCAGAAGUUCAGAGCUAACGACGUCUACUCGGCUCUAAAUGCUAAUGUUAACCAUGGAAUUCUCUUCUACAUGGUUCGAAAGUCUGUAGACCAGCUCCGCAAGGAAGAGUCCACGCCAAAUCUUGUUGAAGAGGAGUGGCGAGAGGCAUUAUUUGCUCUGCUAUCGAGCCUACCGACAGUUAUGCCACGUGCGGGCGAUCUCAUGAUGUCCGCAGGCUUGUUAGAGAUUCUUCUGGAGAUCUUGAGCCUACGGACGAAGCAAGCUGAAAGGACGCAUUGGAAAGCGCUAACAUUUCUCGACACCUUCGUCUACUCUGUUCGAGACGGAUAUCAGACAUUUGCUAAUGCAAAGGGUCUUGAUAUCGUGAAAGAUUUGACAGCUUUUAUCGUUUCAAGCUCAUUUGAGCAUGUCGAAGCUGGCCAUGGAAUACCAGAAGAAUAUCGAGCACCUAUCACCGACUAUCGGAUACCUUUUUUUGAGCAGUCAACUCUACGCUGGCUCUUCAAAUUCAUCAACCAUCUUAUGGCCCACAAUAAUGCCAAUUUUGGCCGACAGAUGCGUAAUCUGAUUGAUUCGCCGGAAAUGUUGGAAAGCCUUCGCAAAGUCAUGAGCCAUGCGAAUAUAUAUGGAUCCAAUGUUUGGGCAGGGGCAGUUUCAAUUUGGACUACUUUUAUCAAUAACGAGCCAACUAGCUUCUCAGUAAUCGCAGAGUCGAAGCUUGGGGAAUGCUUCUUGGAAGCCCUGAUGGAUCCACCCCAACACGAUGGGCUCAGGGAAUCAGGAGUGGACUUCGGUUUGCUCCCAGUAAGCGAAGCUAUAAAUGCGGUACCACAAGCGUUCCAGGCUCUCUGUCUGAAUGAAGCCGGUUUGAAGCUUAUUGUUGACUCUGGUGCCCUGCCAAGGUUUUUCAAAGUGUUCACAAGCCCCCUGCACGUUAAAGCUCUCGAUCAAGAUCGAGAAUUAGCGCAAGCCCUUGGUGGCGCGUUUGACGAGCUAUGUAGACAUCAGCCCACACUCCGUAAAGCUAUUUCGGAUGCUGUACGCGGAAUGGUAGCCCAGGUGGCCAAGUUAUGCAGUGAGCGCGCUACAAAGGAUGGCUUUGGUGCGAAACUGUGGGUCGGCAACGACGAGGGACAACUCUACGUGGCUGGUGGCCAUCAAGCCCUCGCAGGAAUUUCACCGGGGUCCGCGCAUGCAUCGGGUGAGUCUGAAGACGUCGAAAUGGGUGGCACCGAUGCUGAAGUCAUGCCCAAAGGCCACAUCUCCAUGGACGAAGUUAUCGCGAGCAGAGAGCCCAAUAAGUUACCGUAUCCUACUGCUUACAUCGGUGCGACUACACGAUUUCUCAACGGCUACCUCGCGAACUCGACCAUGUGCUCAAUGUUCAUUCAAGACGGUGGUAUUGAAAAUGCUCUCGACCUGGCGACUUCGCCCUGCCUGCCUUUUAGUUUCGAGGCUAUGAACUGUGCUUACCUUCAUGAUGAUCUUGGCCGCAUGUUGUCGAUCCUUUCUGAGUCAAAGGUCUUUAUCCUCUUGCCCGCUCUUACUAGACGACUACAGAAGGUCCUCAGCGGCCUGGAUGAGUUCCUAGACUAUAACGACCCAUCAUGCGGAUUUUUUGCUCCAUUCACAAACAUAGAUCGCAAAUUUGGAUCUGACGAUUUGGAUGAUCCACGCUUUGCUGCUGGCACCAUCUUUGUGAAGGCCCUUGUAACCGUCAAUGUUCUUUGCAAUGCUCUGUGUUACAUCUUCGCCAACACGAGCAUGUACCCUCAUAGACCAUCCAAUAACGUCUUUUUGCAGGUCAACCUCACUGAUGUCUGGGUUAACAUCAUUGAGAAGAUGGGCAAACUACAGCGCAGCUUGACUUGGGAGGAAAUCCUGCUCGCGAGCAAUAUGCCUGCUUCCUGGAUCAAUAAAACGCAAAUGCCUAAUACGAUGAUUGAACAUGACAGUGUUACCGAUCAGAUCCUUCGCUUCCAUGGUGACCAAGGCACUCCUGGAACUUCAGAUGCAUCCACAAACGAACAAGCAGCCGAUGAUGAUCAGAAACCGGGAACUGCGCAGUUUGAGAACACUCGAGUUUUGCGUCAUCUGUUCUAUCAGGCCCCAUUUGAGAUAUCCCAUUUCUUUAAUGCGAUGGGGAAGAUGCUGCUUGUGCGUCGACCGGAUACCAUGCAAAGACAAAAUGCUACGCUAAUAGCAGAGCAACUUGCGAAAUCACAGACUGAAGCUCUCAAUUUCCGCCUUCCUCAAGACCAUGGAGACAUCAAGCGAUUGCAUGAAUACUGGACUGUGACCCUCACAAGGGUUUCUUCGCUUAUGAUUGACGACUCGUACGAACGAACAAGUCCACAAACACUCACUCUGGUUCUCAAAUGCUUUAAGGAACAGGACGGCUUCGCUGCGCUGGAAAGGGCUCUCGAGUCAUUUAUUACCGACUGUAAGAAGCUUGCGGUCAUUGAAACCACCGAUCCACAGCAAUUACGUGACCUAGCGAACACGAUGGCUGGCAUCAAACUGGUCUUGGCAUUUUACUCACGCGUGAUAAACGCCAAACUUGUCCAAGAUGCAUUGCAGACACAAGCUUUGACUGGACGGUCCUCUGAUUCAAAUGGCUCAGAUUUCUCGUUCUCGCAGUUUUUGGUAGAGAUUCGUUAUGCUGUGAUCAAACCGGCCAUGCGACUCUGGGACGAAUCGGAGUCCGCAUUUAUGGACAAGGCAAUAACUCCAGUUGUACGCAAUCUCAUUGACAUAUUGAGGAUCGAGCUUGAGGCGGAAGGCGAAUCAAAGGCCUUGACGCGGAAAGAUAAGGCGCCAGUUAGGAAGCAGAUCGAGCAUCGUAAAUGGACUCCUAAGAAUAAACAUGAGCUAGAUGAGCUCAGCCGUGAGUACUCCGAGGCCCUAGCUAUCGAAGCUCUUUAUCGGUGCUAUGACAAUUCAGACAAUGCCGAAGAGUACCUCGAGUACGUAAGGCGGCUUGGGCGAACGGAGCCACUAUUUCCAGUUCCUUCGGGUGUCAUCGCUGCUCCAAGUAGAUCUCAGUCAUCUCCAAGACGUCCGGGUUCAUCGACACUUGGUGACAGUGAAUCUCAAUCAGCGCUCCCACAGGAACGCACAGAUGCUGCUUCGUCAAUGUUGCUUGAUGGUGAUCAUGCUGACGAUGAUGACGAUGAUGAUGAGGGUGAUGACAAUUCAUCUCCACCACGACUACCGGCACUGCAGAUGAAUGCAAACGUCCUUCGUGAGAUGAUGAUGGGCAGUGGGCAGGCAGGAGAAGACGACCAACAUGGCGAAAGGCUGCUAAGGACCCUUUUUGGAGGCGGUGGACUGGAUUCACCACAAGAGGCCCUUCAGUCUUCCGCUCAAAGAGACGACAAUAGACCACUCGCUGGCAAGGUUCCGGAUCUGAUCACUGUUGAUGAUCUCAACGAGGAACGAGUAAAACUAAGAACCAACUUGAUCGAACGUUGUCUUGUCAUACUCAGCGUUCACGAUGACGUUACUUUCGAACUUGCAGAACUCAUAUUUGCUUCAGUCAAUAAAGGAUCUACCGCUAAAGAGUCCAGGAGUGAGAUCGCGAAUCUGCUUCUUUUGUCUCUGACCUCUCUAAAAAUGGACGAAGCUGCCUGCGAGGAAGAAAUGAAGCUCAAUAACAAGAAAGUUGCAUGCUAUGCACAUCUUUUCGCACUCGUUCUGGCCAAGGACGAGUUUUACAGCGUCAUUGAGCCAGAGUUGGUGGCAAACUUUACUGAGCUUGUUCAAUUUAUUACUACAGAAAGCGUAUCACAUGGCCCGAGCGCGGUCGCGAAUGUUCUCCUCAUACUUGAGCGGCUACUCUCAAGCGAUGCCACUCCACAGCAAAUUGAAUAUAAUUUGCCGAAUCCAGACUCGGACAUCAUUGAAAAGCAUCCCUUGGUGGAGCUUAAGCCUCCACUGGUGCCAUUUGAUAGCAAGCAACGGCUCUUCGAUGCCCUCCUCAAAAUUUUGCUUUUUGUGGGAAAGAACGAGACACUUGCAUUGUCUGUCCUUCGAAUCUUCGUUAUCUUAACACGAAAUCGAAACAUUGCGGCCCAGCUCGGCGAGAAACAAAACAUUGGUCGUCUGUUCUUGAUGGCUCGUCAACUGCAGGGUAUGACGGAUGAAAAGAUCCAAGGUUCAUUCCUAAUUACCUUGCGCCAUAUUAUCGAAGACGAGGACACUCUCAAGAAUAUUAUGCGAAACGAAAUCGUAGCUUCAUGGUCAAACAGGCCUCAUGCUAGACCAUUCGAUACUACAAGCUACAUUCGACACUUCUCGCACAUGGCCAUUCGGUCUCCCGAGAUAUUCGUCAAAGCGACAAAUGACAAAGUUGCCAUAAACAACUAUAAUGUACGACAAGCUGCACAAACCCUCGUGCUAAAGGAGGAUCCUGCGGCGCAGGCCCAUGUUACCGCAUCUUCGUCAGCAGAGGUCGAUGCUUCAAAAUCGACGGAGGAAGAAAGGCUAUCGGAGGAGAAGCUAGAGUCUGAACAGACGAAAUCCAACGAGCUGAAGAUGCCUGUCGUCGAGAAUCCCGAUGGAGUCAUCCAUUUCAUUCUCAGUGAACUUCUCAAAUACAAAGAGGUUGAAGAUGCUGAACCAACAGUUGAGAAAGCCGAGAGGAAAGAGGAGCAGACAGCUCCUGAUGUGGAAAUGGUAAACUCUACAAAUCCGUCGACUUCGUCAACGCCUACUCCUGGAGAGACACCCUCGAACAAGGAGACGAAGAAGGAUGAAAAACCAGUCUUCAAGGCAGAAAAUCAUCCAGUCUACAUUUAUCGAUGCUUCUUGCUGCAAUGUUUGACUGAAUUGCUUUCUUCUUACAAUCGAACAAAAAUUGAGUUUAUCAAUUUCAAGAGGAAAGCUGAUCCUCCUGGCACAACUCCGUCGAAGCCCCGCUCCCAGGUCCUGAACUAUCUCUUACACGACCUCAUUCCUACUGGAACUCUCGGCCAUUCGGAAGACAUAAAUGCUAAAAAGCGUGAGAAGACUUCGGCAUGGGCAAUGUCUGUGAUCGUGGCGCUCUGUUCUAAGACUGGCGAAGGUGGGUUCUCGCGUCCCGCUGACUUCGCUACCUACAAGGAGGAACCAGAGUUGCUAUUUGUGCGCAAAUUUGUCCUCGAGCAUGCCAUCAAAUCAUAUCGUGAUGCUAUGAACAACGAUACGGAAGGCUUGGAGCAGCGCUAUUCCCGACUCCUAUCGCUUGCAGACUUAUUUAACCGUAUGCUGACUGGCAAGCCUAACGGAAGCAACGGCAAUUCGAACAUUGAUCUUGACAUGCUCGUCGUAUCACAACGCAUGCUUGCCAAGAUCAUGUACGAGAAGAAUUUCAUUUCUGCUCUAACCAGCUCAAUUUCAGAGAUUGAUCUGAACUUCCCGAACGCGAAACGCGCUGUCAAAUAUAUUCUUAAGCCUCUCAAGUUACUCACUCAGACUGCGAUCGAUUUGAGUCUGCAUUCGGAACUGCCUCUUACUCCUGGGUCAGCCGAUGAGGAGAUCUCAUCUGACUCAGAAGUUUCUACAGACGAGGACGUGAGGGAGCAGACACCUGACUUGUUCCGAAACUCUGCACUUGGUAUCCUGGAACCGAGUCGUGAUGAAGUAAGCGAUGAGGACGACGAGGACGAAGACGAGGACGAUGAAGAGAUGUACGCUGACGAAUAUGGGGACGAAAUGGAAUAUGAGGAAGAAAUGCCUCAUGAUCAUGAUGAAGUUGUCAGCGACGAAGAAGCGGAACUCGCUGAUAUGGGUCCCAUUGAAGGCCUACCUGGCGAUGUCCCAGUUGGUAUGGAGAUUGUCGGCAUGGAGGUUGAAGAUGAAGACGACAGCGAAGACUCGUCGGAAGACACCGAUGAUGAAGAUGAAGAAGAUGACGAAGAUGUUGAAGAUGAGAUGGAUGACGGCGAUGAAGAGAUGGAUAUGGAAGAGGAUGAGAGCAUUGAAGCCGAUGAUGACGAUUGGGAGAGUCAGCCCGAAGACGAAGACGGCGAAGACUAUCCAAUCCAAGAUGAGGGCGCUCAUGAUUUUCAAGACGACCCCCGCAACAUGUCUGCUGCGCUUGAUGAGAUCGUUCGUGCUCUUGAAGGUGGCGGUGAGGAACGCGACGACCUGCUCCAGCGACUUGAUGAUUAUGAUGGCGAUCUUGGGGAAGAUCACGAAGUCAUUGAUGGUGAUAUGCAAGAAGAGGAAGAAGACGAUGAUGAUGAUGAAGAAGAAGACUUCGACGAAGAAGAGUUUGCUUUCGAGCCUGACGUUGACGACGAUGACGACUUCGAAAUGGGACGUGGCGUUCCUUGGGGAUGGGAAGACGGCGAGCGUGGUCCCGGUCAUCGUCACAAUCACCAUCAUCACCUGCACGGCAAUACUCAUGGUCACCGACACAGUCCUUGGGGCCUCUUCAGCGACUACCGCGACCGGAUAUUCCCGCCUACCUCAGCGUAUCGUUCACAUCGCGCAGCAGAUGCUCAGCGUCGUAAUGAUGAUGGUACCAAUCCGUUACUUCAGCGAAGUGGGGCCCAUGGCACUCCUGCUCGUGCAACUCAGGGAGAUAUCAUCGGUUUACCUGGAGGGCUUGGUAGAUUUGAGAUCUCAGCUAACGGCAAUCCUGCCUCUUUUCUUAACAGCUUGAUAACAGCUAUGUCCGCCGGUACAGUUCUGCCCGGCGCUAUUCAUCACCGCGGUGGCACCCUCCAUGUUCAAAUAAACAAUGCUGGUCUUGGACCGAUGCCUCGGGAUCUGGAGCAAUUGUUCAUGCGAACACCGCCUCCUGGCCGUCGAUCCGGCGAUAUGUCACGUUCGAGUCGUGACGACCCUUCAUCAGCCAUUCUUUUCAACCCAGCGCUAACUAUGUCGCGAUGGGUUGAAGAAUCUCGUAUUCUUUUUGGUAUUUCGGCACAAGACAAAGCCCUUCGCGUCGUAAAUUCAAUUCUCCGACUUUUGGUUCCUCCUGCGAUUGAGGAGAAGAAGCGCAAGGACAAGGAGGAGGCCGAGCGUCAAAAGAAACGCGAAGAGCUUGAGAGAGCUCGUAAGGAGAAGGAAGAGCAGGAACGUAAAGAACGCGAAGAAGAGGAGGCUCGUAAGAAGGAAGAGGAGGAGCGCAAAGUGGCCGAAGCUGAGGCAGCUGCUCGCGCAGCGGAGUCUAGCUCUCAAGAUGGGCAAAUGGAGGGCGUAGAGCCAACUGCUCCUGAGCCAGAAGCAUCUUCAGCGCCAAAUGAAAAUACCGCAAAUCAAACUGCGCGCAUCACUACUAUGAUAGCUGGUCGCGAAAUCGAUAUCACGGAUUUAGGCAUAGACCCAGAGUAUCUAGCUGCAUUGCCGGAAGAGUUACGACAAGAAGUCAUCAUGGAACGGACGAUCGCUCAACGGCAAUCGGCACAGGAAACUGGUGGCGAACAACAAGAAUUGGAUCCAGAAUUCUUGCAGGCCUUACCUCCAGUUAUGCGCGAGGAAAUUAUGCAGCAGCUAGCCCUAGAGCGGCGGCGUAACGAGCGGGAAGCUGAGCGUAGACAGCACGCUAGGCCAGACGAUAUUGAUGCAGCUACCUUCUUCGCCACACUGGAACCAAGCCUUAGAAAUCAGCUCCUGAUGGAAGCAGACGAUGAAGCUCUCAGUGCGUUGCCUCCUCAGCUUCAGGCAGAAGCCCGCCAACUUAGCGGACAUCACCGACGGCUAGAUCAAUAUGUGGAUGUUAAUAACAUAGGCCGCGGUGAUUUUGCUGCUCGCGGUGGUCGACCAGGCGAAGAUCCUGCGCAGAAGCGUAAGCCGACGAUGUACGCUCAGAUACUCGAUAAGGCUGGUGUGGCUACACUGCUGCGGCUGAUGUUUAUCCAGCAGUCUGGCUCAAUUCGCAAUAGCCUCAACGGUAUUCUUCGAGAUAUUUGUCAUAACAAACAGAACCGUGCCGAAGUCGUGAGCAUUCUCCUUUCGAUUCUUCAGGAUGGUAGCAAUGAUAUCAAUGCUGUGGAGCGAAGCUUCUCAUUGCUUUCACUGCGAGCGAAGCAGCCGCUACCGUCUGCUCAGAGAACCCCUCAACCAAAGCGUAGUUCAUCUGAACUCGGUACUGGAAUUGGCGAAAUGUCACCUAUCACUGUUGUGCAGCAGUGUUUGGUUUGUCUCGAAGCACUCGUUCAGACGAAUCCACGCAUCGCCGAAUUCUUCCUCACCGAACACGAGACUGGUACAGGCUUUAAGCCACGUUCAGCUCGUAAAGGAAAGGGCAAGGACAGCAAAUCGAGCAGAUAUCCCAUCAAUGCGCUCCUUGGCCUUCUCGACCGUGAAAUAAUCAUUGAAAGUGUACCGGUAAUGGAGCUGCUGGCAUCUUUGCUUCAGCGCAUCACGCAUCCUCUUCUUGCUCUGUUGCGCAAGGAAAGGCAAGAGAAGGAGAAGGCGGCUGAUAAUAAGAAGGAUGAUUCACAUGACGAAGUCACUGGCCAAGGCACCGAGGCCACUCCUCCACCCGCUGCUUCUGGUGAUGUUGAGAUGGCACUGCCUGAAGCACCUACUGUCUCCGCUCCAGAGGGCCUAGAGCCACGCCCGGAAGGUUCUGUCGACCAGAAGGAUGCGAAUACGGCCAUUGAAUCUAGCGAAGACAAGACCAAAAAACGGAUUCUUACACCACCUGACGUGCCUGAGUAUAAUCUGCGACUCAUCAUUAAUAUAAUCGCCGCCAGAGAAUGUCCUUCAAAGACGUUUAAAGACACUCUCUCACUCAUCACGAAUCUGUCGACCAUACCGGAAGCCAAGGAAAUUUUUGGUCAGGAACUGAUCGACCAAGCUCUCAGUCUUGGUCGCAACAUUCUUGAUGACCUCCAAGAACUGGAAGGACAAAUUCGAAAAGCUGCAAAUGGUGCUGACGUCCAAGGAAUGGCCCUUGCAAAGUUCUCGCCAGCUAGUUCUGAUCAAGCUAAGCUUCUCCGUGUCAUCACUGCCCUCGACUUCUUGUUCGAUCCUAAACGUGCAGAAACACAAGACAAGCCGUCCACCUCGGAUGCUCAAAGUUUAGGUCGUCAACAGAAAGAGGACAUUCUCACGACGCUGUACGAGAACAGAAUUUUCGUAGAUCUAUGGGAUAAGCUUAGCGUGUGUUUGAAGGAGAUUCACGAGCGCGAGAACAUGUUUAGCGUUGCAAACAUUCUGCUUCCAUUAAUUGAGGUUCUCAUGGUGGUCUGCAAGAAUACAACACUCAAAGAUGCACCAAUUAGGAACACCCAGCAGGAUUUCUCGCUGUCGAGUCCUGAGCCAGAGUCAAAGGAGCAGCGCAUGGAAAGUCUUUUCUUCAGAUUUACGGAAGAUCAUCGGAAGAUUCUCAACGAGCUUGUCCGACACAACCCCAAGCUCAUGUCUGGCUCCUUUUCACUUUUGGUAAAGAACUCUAAGGUUCUCGAGUUUGACAACAAACGCAAUUAUUUCACUCGACGAUUGCACAUGAGGGGGCAGGAAGUUCGUCAACCACAACCUUCGCUCCAGCUGCAUGUUCGUCGUGACCAGGUAUUCCUCGACUCUUUCAAACACCUUUGUUACAGAAAGCCUGAAGAAAUCAAGUAUGGAAAAUUAAACAUUCGCUUUGCCGGAGAAGAGGGUGUCGAUGCUGGUGGCGUGACUAGAGAAUGGUUCCAGGCUAUAACGAAGCAAAUGUUCGAUCCAAACUACGCCCUCUUCGUCCCUGUGGCUGCUGAUCGAACCACGUUCCAUCCGAAUCCUGCGAGCUCCAUCAAUGAACAGCAUCUAACUUUCUUCAAGUUCAUCGGGCGUAUCAUUGGUAAAGCACUGUACGAAGGACGAGUCCUUGACUGCCAUUUCAGCCGUGCCGUGUACAAGCGCAUUCUGGGUCGUACCAUUAGCAUCAAGGACAUGGAGUCACUCGACAAUGAUUACGCGAAAAACCUACAAUGGAUCCUAGACAAUGACAUUACCGAUCUCAUCACCGAGACAUUCAGUGUCAGCGCUGAUGUUUUUGGUGAGGAAAAGAUCGUCGAUCUAAUCCCCAAUGGUCGCAACAUUGAGGUGACGGAGGAGAACAAGCAUGAUUAUGUUCAGCGUGUCGUAGAAUACAAAUUGAUCGGAUCAGUCAAAGAACAGAUGGAGCAUUUUCUCCAAGGCUUCCACGAUAUUGUUCCCGCGGACCUUGUCUCCAUUUUCAAUGAACAGGAGCUUGAACUUCUCAUUUCUGGUCUUCCUGACAUUGAUGUCGAAGAUUGGCGUAACAAUACUGAAUAUCACAACUACACUGCGUCAUCUCCGCAAGUACAGUGGUUCUGGCGAGCAGUACGCUCUUUUGACAAGGAAGAGCGUGCAAAAUUGCUUCAAUUUGUCACUGGUACUUCUAAAGUUCCCCUCAACGGCUUCAAAGAACUGGAGGGUAUGAACGGCUUCAGUCGAUUCAAUAUCCACCGUGAUUAUGGUAACAAGGAUCGUUUGCCGAGUAGUCACACGUGCUUCAAUCAGCUUGACCUACCGGAGUACGACAGCUACGAGGAUCUCAGGAAGGCCUUGUAUACGGCCAUCACUACCGGUAGCGAGUACUUUGGUUUCGCUUAACUUGGAAUCAGGCAAUACCGGAGGAGAGGUUAUGGGAAGGGAUUCUGCCAUUUUAAAAUCCAUGCAUUCAUUGGCGCUCGGAUUAGCAGGGAGCUAAAUGCGUGCGGGCUUCAAACGUUGAGCCCACGUGUAGGUCUAUGAGACGGAAAAGGAUUUUUCAAUCAGCAUAUGGAAGCCUGUAGUCUGAUGAUGAGCAAAAAUGCAUGACGUGCAGGUCGUGCUCCUUUGGCUCAUCAAACUUGUGAAAAAUAUGGAUGAGGACUUGCUAAUCUUAUGUUGUCCAUUCACAUAUUUGUAGUUGUGCUGCUGUUGUAGUUCAUCUUUGCCAUAGAUCUGACAUCUUGAUCUGCCCUUGUAGCGCUUCGAUUGAAUAAAUAGUCGACAAUUGAAACAAGCUCUAGACGUUCAGUCUCUACAA